UUGCCUUUCCAUCAAAAUUGUGUUGCGAGUACGAAAGGUCUUACAAAUGUUGUUUAUUACUUUUAGAUAUAUAAUGGAAGGAUAAAUCAUGAAUUAUAAGUGGUUUAUUAACAUUUAAUUAGUACAUUACAACUAAAAAAUUACCUGUUAGCAUUUAUAUUAGUAAAAAUUUGUAACACAAUUUUGCAAUAAGAUGGAUGAGACAGUGGUUUUAGUUUUGCUUGUUUUGGUGAUGUUGGUGGGUUCUUAUGUUGCUGGAAGUAUUCCACUUAAUGUUAGCAUGUCAGAGGACAAGCUACAAAAAGUGACAGUUUUUGGUGCAGGAUUAUUAGUGGGUACAGCACUAGCAGUUAUAAUUCCAGAGGGAGUGCGGGCGCUGUUCUCCGAGAGAGUUGCACUUGUCACUAAGGAUUACACACCAGAGCCUGCCACACAUAGCGACUUGCAUUCUGUUAUUGGCAUAUCAUUAGUUUUAGGUUUCGUUUUUAUGCUGUUGGUCGACCAGCUGUCUUCACGAUAUAAUGACACCACAAAUCCGACUGAAAAGAACAUUACAGCAACAGUUGGAUUGGUUGUCCAUGCCGCUGCUGACGGCAUAGCGUUGGGCGCGGCUGCUACCACGUCACAUGCGGACGUGGAACUUAUCGUAUUCCUGGCCAUUAUGCUGCACAAGGCACCUGCCGCCUUCGGACUCGUCACAUUCCUUAUGCACGCGGGACUUGAGAGGAAUCGGAUACGUAAGCAUUUGCUGAUCUUUUCCUGUUCAGCUCCGCUGCUGGCGUUGCUCACAUACUUUGGUAUUGGUAACGAGAGCAAGCAGACGUUGAAUGAUUUUAAUGCUACAGGUAUAGCGAUGUUAUUCUCAGCGGGUACAUUCCUGUAUGUAGCGACUGUGCACGUGUUGCCGGAGCUGACACACACGCAUGCGCACACACAUACACUCCUGCCCAUGCAAGAUGGCGUACCUCCAAAGAAAGGCUACGGCGGUCUACAGCUCUGCGAAGUUCUCAUCCUCGCCAUCGGCGCGAUGCUCCCCGUCAUACUCACAAUGGGACAUGAACAUUAAUGCAAAGGUAAUAACGUUCAAAUUACAAUAACUGGCAUGUUUACAAAACUUUUAAUUUUAGCGACAUCUAUGGCACUUUUUUAAUACCUAUGAAAGUAAUAUGUGGUAGCUAUUUUUAUUUUGUUUUUAACUUGAAGCAAAUUAUUUAAUUGCUUAAAAUCUUCUAAUACAAUGCUAUCUGAUGGUGAAUUAAAAUCAAAUUAAAAAAAACUUUUUUUUUUUGCGCUAUUAUAUUGACUCUCCCAUAUGUUUGAUUUUUUUCUUUGGGCGAUCCAAAUCAGUAAUAAUAAAUUAACGUAAACCAAUUUUCUUCGAGCAUUUUUUGAGACCUAAUAACAAUUUGAAAUGGAAUGAGAAAAAAAUGUAAUAUUGUUAAAAAAUUUGAGUUUUAUUUUAAGAAAAAAAAUCUUAAAUCUUUUAUGAGAACAAAUUUUUUAAUACGCGAUCUCAAUCAGAAUAUACCGGCGAAUAACAAAUUAGUAGUUUCGGCGUCUAUUCAAUGCAAACAAAUCAAAUCUUUCUUCCUUAUAAUAAUAGUAUAAAAAGUUUGUAUGAUAUUUGUAUGACUGCCGAAACAUUCAUACAAAAAUAUUGGUAGAAUUUUAUUUAAGAUAUGGUUGCAAUAAUUUUAUGUAUA